AUGGAUUUUUUUGUGAGGAAUGGAGACGUCCUCCUGAACGACACCAAUGUGAAAACAUUAGCGCAGAACACUAAACGAAACGCAGCUUAUAAAAAGCUGCUCAAUGAACUCCAGGAGGAGUUCGGCUUCGAGACCAACGAGAAGAAGAUACAAAAUCAUUUCGAUCAUAUACGAUCUCGCGUAGUCUCGAAGGGUAUGGCCUUCAAGAAAGGCCUUUCAGCAGAGAAGAGGUAUCGCAUGGCGACGGGAGGAGGAAAUUCUUGGGAAGAAGAAGCGAAUUUCUCGAAAAACAACGACUGUCACCCUUUUAACACUGAUUCGGAAGAAAUACUGUGGAGAUAUUACGAUAAAACCCCUAUGACAGAGCCGUUUAAGAAAGGCGAAAGUAUGGUGGGGAAGCGGAAAUUGUGCACGGAACAUUAUGAAGAAAAUGAAGCUGAAGCAGAACCGAUCAUGGACGACUUUGAGAGUGACAGUGAUCACUGUGAUGUUCCAAGUAAGCGAAAACGCAUCACUGAGGAUUUCGUGGAAUCCCAUCCUGGAAGAACUCACUAUGGUAUUCGAGAUGAUGUUGAAUACGAAAAUUUGUUCAAUCGUCGUUUAGCAGAAAACGAUAUGAAUUGUCGGCACUUAUUCUACGCCAACGCAGCUGUUAAAGAUUUUGUGAGAAUGACGCAGGGCCUUCACUACCUUCUGGAGCUUCGGAGGCUAAAUGCGGGUGAUGUUGUACAGUAUACAGAAACGCCGCUUCAGCGCUCCGAACGCCUGCUCGACGACUCGUCGAGUUUUGGCGUGCUCCCUGUUAAACCUCCUCUUCCCGACGUCAUUCUCUGUUGCCCGCUCCCGGAAAGGCGCCAUCACACUCACACUCCUGGAGUUGGCAAAGCCGGCAUCGCCCAGGAGGCGAUAUCCUGGGCGAGCACGACCUUCGUCGAACUCGGCAGCUGCUUGCGAAUGCUGUCAUAUGAAUGA